AUGGCAUCCAACCCUCCCGGACAAUGCUGCACCGUCGGUGUCAAGCACGAAGGCACCCCUCAGGGCAAGAAGAUCACCGUCGCCGGCAAGUAUGAGGGCUACCUCGCCGAGGCUCCCGCCGACAAGGCACACAAGAACACCGGCCUUCUCUACGUUGCCGACGUCUUUGGCAUCUGGAGCAACUCCCAGCUGCUCGCCGACCAGUUCGCUGCCAAUGGCUACACCACCUUGAUCGUUGACCUCUUCAACAAGGACCAGCUUUCUGUCCCCAUGCCUGCUGGCUUUGACAUUAUGAAGUGGAUCGCCGAGGGCAGCGAUGGCAAGAACCCCCAUAACAAGGAGGCCAUCGACCCCAUCAUUGUCGAUUCUCUCAAGUACAUGCAGACCGAGCUCGGUCUCACCAACAUUGGUGGUCUCGGCUACUGCUUUGGCGCCAAGUACGUUGUCCGCCACUACAAGGACGGCAUCAAGGUCGGCUUCGUAGCCCACCCCAGCUUUGUCGACGAGGACGAGCUUGCCGCCAUCACAGGCCCCUUCUCCAUUGCCGCCGCCGAAACCGACAGCAUCUUCCCCGCCGAGAAGCGUCACAAGUCCGAGGAGAUUCUGCAAAAGACGGGCCUGGCAUACCAGAUCAACUUGUACUCUGGCGUCGAGCACGGCUUUGCUGUUCGCUGCGACUUGAGCAAGAAGGUUCAAAAGUACGCCAAGGAGCAGGCCUUCUACCAAGCCGUCGCUUGGUUCGAUGAGCACCUUUUGUGA